ACAGACACAACUUACAAGCUGAGCUACGGGGCCAGCGACCAAGUCCAUGGAACCAAAGCGGCCCGGGGAUGGCGGAAUGAACAGCGCCGAGACGCCGCCGCACGCAAAGAGAGUCCAGGUUCCGCGGGCGUGCCAGCGCUGCAAGACGCUCCGCCGCGGCUGCAACGAGUUCCGGCCCUGCAGACGAUGCGUCGACGCGGGCCUCGGCGACCAUUGCACGCCGCAGUCGUCGAUGAUCUCGCUGGUCAUGUAUCCGGCGAGUCCGCUGAGUCCGCUGAGUCCCGGCGGCGGCGUUGACCCCGUCCAGAGCAUGGCCGAGCUGGUUCCGCUACGUGUCAUCGACUACUGCGCUGAGCGCUUCUUUGCGCGCCUGUACCCAACCAUCCCCAUCCUCACGCGCGACUACCUGGCCCAUCUGAAGGCCGUCAUGGCGUCGUCGUCCGAGUGGAGAGUAGAGGCCUACUGCGUGCUCGUCGCCAUGUGCGCCCAGGUGUUGCUGCAGGCCGAGGAGCCCGAGAACUUGUUUCCGCAGGGCAUCAUCUCCGAGAAGAACGCCGUGUACGGCCAGAUCAUCCUGGACGUGGCGCUGGCGACUCACCAGAGGAUUCCACGCAACGUCAAGCCGACCUUUAACCAGUGUCUGCUCGUCUUUUUCCUCUACGCCUGUCAGGCUCGACUGUCGCACCACAGCCAGGCGUUUUUGUUUCUGCGCGAAGCCACGACUCUGCUUCAUCUGUUGAGGUUCGAUCAUGUCGAUGCCACCUUUAAGGAUUUGGCCGGCCGUCUCUUCUGGGUCUUGCUCAUAUCAGAAAGAUCUCACGCAAUUCGCUACCGCCGCCCCAUCACUUUGCAAGUUACUCCCGAGACGCCCGAGCUGGAUACCAGUGACGAGCGGCUCGUCGGCUUCUGGAGUCUCGCAGCCCUGUUUCGUCCCAUCGAAACCUCCUUUGUCGCCCUACUCAAUCACGAGAUAGUCGCUACACCACCUUCCCCUGCCGCAAUCGACUACGUCGAAACAAGCGUUAAUACCGCACUCAAGCCCACGCUGGAACUACACGACACGCAAAAAGCAAAUCUGAGAGUUACACAGCUCUGGCUGCGCGUCAUCAUCUGGAAACUCCGUCUACGCCUCGGCUACCUCAGUGAGGGCGCUUCUCAACACAGCCUGACGUAUAGCUACCCGCUAGAAGUGGCGAAAGAACUCACGCUCUCUACGCGGGAUCUGCCUCUCGACAGCAUCAAGGUGCACGGUGUUGGGUUAACCGAGAAGCUCUAUGACAUUGCCUCGGCUGUGGUGGAUGUUCUCGCCCGAGUCCCGAUAGCACCAUCCAGCCCACAAGGGCUCGUAAUGGGCAGGUCGCUGGAAGACGACUUGAUAUAUAUCCGACACCUCAUAACUCAACUCCCAAGCGGAACAUCCACUUAUGACCCGUUACUGGAAAAGCAGAUUCAACAGGCACUCCCCACUACAGAGCCUAGUCCAGCUGAUGAACCGCCCUGAUCAAUAGAAAGCAGAAAAUCGAAAUAAAUCAUUUG